AUGGAGUCUGAACACCAACCAAAGUUGAACCCCGUGAGAGCUUUCCAAGUUCUUCACGGCUGCAACCCUGACCCAGAUGAGAGUUACACGAGUCUUUCGGAGUACCACGACUACGAACCGAGUCUGGAAUUCGAUGACUCAGAACUUAUACAGUCUUCUGGUUUAGCCCCGCUACCUCCUGAGCUGCUAGAUUUACCAGAUGAUCUUCUAGAACGUUCAGCAAGCGAUGGCACAAUAGAGGAGAAUUUUGAAGAAGAACUUGCCAGAGCACCAGAAGUAUAUGCAGAGAUAGCGUCUUCCCUGGACGAAUCGUUCGCUGAAUUAAAUGGCACGGGUCUGAUCGAAGUGGUUGGAGACGAUGAAGUGGGACGUCGAAUCAUUGUCGUGUCGGCCUGCAGGCUGCCACCUAGCAAGGACCUUCAUCCUGAUAAAUUACUCACAUACCUAAUGUUCACGCUAGAUAAAUACGUGGAACAGGAUUAUAGCGUUGUAUACUUCCACUGCGGGCUCACAAGCAAGAACAAACCUCCACUGUCAUGGCUAUGGCGGGCGUACAAGGCAUUCGACAGGAAGUACAAGAAGAACUUGAAGGCCCUAUACUUGGUACAUCCUACGAAUUUUAUCAGGAUCGUUUGGCAGAUGCUCAAGCCGGCCAUCAGUGUCAAGUUCGGGAGGAAGAUGAUGUACGUUAACUACUUGCACGAGCUGCAGCAGUACCUGAACUUGGAAAAGCUUUGCAUCCCCGACGCGGUACUUGAAUAUGACAAAUUGUUACUGUCCAAGAAUCCUCGCGCGGCUGAAAUGGCCCGCCAGAACACUGAACCGGUAGAGAAGGCUCCAGCACCAACCGAGGUACCAGCUCCUCUCAAGGAUAGUCUAUCACCGCCUCCGACACAGCAGUUCGGUGUAUCACUACAAUUUAUUAAGGAAAAUAAUGUCAACAUGGUCGGCUCGAUACCUCCUGUUGUGAGACAAUGCGUUGAAUUCUUGUCACAGCCUGACGCUCUAGAAACCGAGGGCUUAUUCCGUCGUUCAGCUAAUAUAUCCGUGACCAAGGAGCUUCAGCGCUCAUGCAACAGGGGAGAGCCAGUGAGGUUCAGGAACGACCCUCACAACGCGGCCGUGCUGCUCAAGACCUUCCUCAGAGACUUAGAAGAGCCACUCAUGACCUUCGACUUGUAUGACGAGAUACUCAAGUUUCAGACUUGGUCUAACCGCGAUAAGCCGAGGCAGGUCAAGAUAUUGAUUCUGGAGAGGCUGCCGCUGGACAACUACAAGCUACUGAAAUAUAUUAUUCAGUUCUUAUGGAAGGUCCAAGAUAGGAGCUGUCUCAACAAAAUGACCAGCAGCAACCUGGCGGUGGUGUUCGGCCCUAACUUGGCUUGGCCCCCGAACGGACAAAUGUCGCUUCAAGCGAUUGUACCCAUCAAACGCGUUCACUGA